AAUUGGGUGAGGUGGAAAUAAGGUGGUUGUUUUCAUCUCAAUAAUGCGUGUCACAUCUACACAGCCCCUGUAUUUGUGGAACUUUUGUAUGUGUAUGCCUGGCUGGUGUUAGGCUAUCCUGUUCGUGUGGUUUGUCGUCAAUACAGACGAUGUGUACUGUACUGGAAUUUUCACAGUACAGUUUACCAACCAGUUUAAAAGCACUUCAUAUAUUGUGAGAUUCCGAUUCUCAAUGCAAAUUUUCUACAAAAAAAGAAAAUAUGGACAUAAUCAAAAGUCUAGCAGAUAACCUAAAGAUGUCCCCUGUAAUGUAUGAUUUUGCCAUACCUGAAUGUCACAAGAAAGAUUAAUCUUCAUGAACUGACAAGAUUUUCCCCACAAUGUUUCAGGCUUCCAGACUAUGCCGACAGGUGCAGGAGUCCGACAGCCCCGCCCGGGUGGCCCACAGAAUAUGCGUGGCGGUGUGAGUGCUCGGCAAAUCACAGGCCAGUCUGGCGGCACUCGUAUGAGUGGAUUCCACGGUGCCCGUCCUGCAGGGGUUCCCGGCUCCCAGCCUGGUGGACGCCCGGGCUACAAGUUCACCCAGAACAUGCGCAACCCUCCGCAGACCCCCGUCAUUCAACAGCAGGCCAUGUCACAGGUUGAGGAUGCUGUGACUGUACUGCAGGCUCACCAAGCUAAAGAUGCUGCCAGCGAUGGUGCUCCGCAGAAGGGGAGAUAACUGGUCGGCCAGUACUACACACCUAUACGGCACUGGAUUGUGGUGACAAAAAGACUAUAAUGUCACUGACACCAACAGUGGGGCGAUCCACGUCAUUCGAUAUUUUAUUCAUUUUAAGAUGUAUAGUAGUUUUCGUCCUUAACGCUCUUUCGUUAUUAUUCAAAACUAAGUAGUGUACCGCAUGAGAU